GUUCAAAAAGCUGCGCGCGCAACACGAAACCAAACUGAUCGACAGUGUCGGCAAAGCAGUGCGAGGAAGCGGUUCAAAAUUGAAUUUAAAUUCAAAUUUAAGUCGAGACUAAACACGGGAAAAACUAUAAAUUAAUUGCUUCAAGUGAUAUUAACAAUUAAAUAAAUAUAGAAAAACGUGACAGAACGUGCGCAUACAAAAAAUUCCAUAAUUUAUGGCAGAAAAGAAGCCAAACCAGACAAACAAUCAUCUCUCGUAGAAGGAAGGACACUUGGCCAAUAAAUUAAUCGCCGCCUUACAGUCAAUAUAAAUAAAGAAAAUACGUAAUCAACUGCAUAAGAAACUACUCAGCAAGUACAACCGGCAGCUGCAGUCAGAGCCAUUUAAACAUGUCGCCCCUGUUGAUACACUUGGCGGCACUGUUGGCGCUGGCCAGUCUUGGCCAGGCCUUUCCCUACUCCUACCACAUGAGAGCCCCGUCGCUGCUGCCGCAGUUGUCGAUGUCGAGUGGCCUGGAGGGUGGAGCCGCCGCCGCCGCCGCCGGCGCCCCGCUGGGCAACCGAAUUGUCGUGCAGUCACCCUCGCUGGAUAACGUGUAUAUGGAUUAUCUGGUCACCUCGAAGCCACUGAACCUGCGGAAGUACAACAAGAACGGCAGUAAGACGAAAAAAACGAAAAAGGAUUCGAAAAUCUAUUAUAUACCCGUACCCCCACUGCCCUUCCGUCAUAUACCCGGCAUCGGUCUGGACUAUCAGCCCAUGAAAAUCAAUCCCAUCAUUCUGGAGAAGGAGACGCCGCUAACACAGACGGAGGCGCCGCAGCAGAGCACCACAGUGCGUCCAUUAGCGCCGAAGCCAGAGCCAAAGCCCGGCAAACCCUCCAUGAAUCCCAAUAAUCUGGGCUACCUCUAUCCCAGCAAACUAUUGCGGGUGCAGCAUCACAAGGAUUACUACUUCAAUGGACGUCCCCAUCGGCUGCAGGUGGCCCACGCCGAUGCCAAGUCCGCCCUGACUGCCCUCAAUCUUAAGUCUAAGUUCUACUACAAUAAAAACAUUAUUUAUUAAUA